AUGUCCACCGUGCUAUCCUGGCAGCUGGAUCCACCCCGAGGAUUCCAUCCCGUCUCACGAAUCAAACUACAUAUCGACGCCUCGGAUCCCGCUUGCUCUUCAUCAUGUUCUCUGCGUCUACAUCAUGCUCUUCCAUCGGCGCUCUUCGCCGACCCAUAUGAGCUGCAGCUUCAUGCGGACGCUUACACAGCUCAAGUGCCAGCCUCAAAACGUGGUGUCGACCUUGAAGCACCGGCAUUUGCCGUCGACCCGGAACGCGCGGGACGAAAGGUCCUCGUCGAUGUGAAGGGCGCUUGUGGCACCGAUGGAGAACUCGAAGUUGACAUCCCGCUUCACGUGCGAUAUCUUGAGCCGAGGAAAGACGGGGACGAGGAUGGGCCGGUCGCAACAGUGGUCGAGCCGCCAGUGGCGUUCUGGGCUUGUUCGGGCAAAGAGGGCGAACCCACCCUUGAUGACGAGUUGACGACCCUCUUACCCGACCACACCUUGCGCAGACUGCCUCGUAAAGGAGAUGUCCAAUCGCAGACGCUCCCCGUCCCCGUCGGCGAUAUACGGCACCUCAGUGGCGUCGAGGCCGGCACCGUUGUGACCAUCGUGUUAGCGGCCUGCUACGUCGCUUGGAAGAUUAUCGCUGCGGCCUCGAGGAUAGCCGGCGCGCAGGCUGCUGAGCGCAGGGUAAAGAGGGAUUAG